GUUGCGGGCCGCCUGCGCCUGUUCAGCAUCGGGUAUUCGACGACGGUGACGGAGUGGGAUCUCGAGCAGGGGCGGCCGAAGCGCCACUCGAGUGGGAACUAUGGAGAGAUGUGGUGUCUUGCGGCGCAGCCGCGGUGGCAAGCCGCGAAGGGACGGGACAACAAGCCGAUUCCGGCGGCGGAGGGGGAGUUCACGGGGCAACAUUUGGCAGCGGGGUGUGCGGAUGGAUCGAUUGUGUUGAUGUCGACUGCGGAUGAUGAUAUGCGGUUUCUGAAGACGUUGAGGCCGUCGACGAAGAAGCCGCGGGUUUUGAGUGUUACGUUUCAGAACCGGAAUACAAUUGUUGCAGGUUAUGCGGAUAGCUCGAUCCGGGUCUUUGAUAUUCGCAAUGGGCAGAUUCUCAGGACGAUUAGUUUGGGCAAGGGUCCUACGGGCGGGUCCAAGGAGUUGCUGGUUUGGUCCGUGAAAUGUUUGCCUGAUGGGACUAUCGUGUCUGGUGACUCUGCUGGCGAAGUGCGGUUCUGGGAUGCCAAGAACUAUUCGCUUAUCCAGCGGCUACAUAGCCAUUUGGCGGAUACUCUGGAUAUUGCGGUCAGCGCGGACGGAGAGACGGUUGUCAGCGGUGGUGCCGACCAGCGCACAGUCGUCUACAGAAAGCAGCCUGGUGAGAAGGGCGAUAAGAGCAGCCGAUGGGUGGAGAUGACGCAUCGGAGGUAUCACACCCACGAUGUGAAGACGUUUGCUGUCUACGAGACAAAAAACCUCAGUGUCGUGGUUUCUGGAGGACCUGAUGCUAACCCCGUCGUUCUACCCCUACGAGAAUUCGGAAAAGAGCACCACCGAAACCUCCAAAGCCUUCCCCAAGUACCUCCGGUCGUUUCGUCGCCCUCUUCUAGAUUAGUAAUGAGCUUCUGGGAUAGAGAGGUCAACAUCUGGAAGGUGUCUCGUGGACCUACUUCAGUACACGAAGUCCCUGAUGGGCAAAGACAUCGGCUGGUUGGAAAAGUUCUGAUACAGGGCGAAGAAAACAUCACAUCUGCGACGCUCUCCAAUGACGGAAAGAUCCUCGUUAUAGCUACGGUAUCUAGCAUCAAGGUUUUCUCCGUAAGACGGCGCAAAGGUGACGAGCGAGGAACACUGCGUGUACAAAAGCUCGAGAUCCCUACCUCGGUCUCCGAAACUGGCGGUCGGCUCGUAACAGUCUCCCCAGACAGCCGGUGGCUCUGCAUUGUCCGCCCUAACAGCGACAUCUCUCUCGCAAGGAUACAACCCGCUUCGUCGGCUCAGGAGAAACCCCAGGUCUUUCCCCAACUAGUCAACCUCCACAGAGCGCCUCGCCACGCUCGGUUCGAGAACAUCUCACACGGCACCCUGGGCAACUACGAGCGAACAGUCCGAUGUGUUGUCUUCUCGCACAACAGCAAGAUCCUAGCCUCGGGCGAUAUCUCCGGCUGCAUCGACACCUGGACUCUCGAACAAGCCGCUGACGAAGAACCCAAAUCCAAGAACCGUGCGUCAGAAUCCGAUGAAGAAUCUGACUCUGACGAUGAGGAUGACUCCCCAAUUCUAGAAGGCGAGCGCUGGCGCGCCAUCGCCGCAGAAUCCCCGAUCCCCCGUCUCAAAUCCAGCGUCGCCCUCCUCUCCUUCAGACCUCCAACAACAAGCCGCUCCCUCCUAACCAACGGCACCGCAGAGGAAGAAUCCCGCCUCAUGGCCCUUACAACAGAGCACCAACUCGUCGAGCUCGACGCCCUCGAGGGUAAACUCUCCGAAUGGUCCAGGCGCAACCCCAAGGCCUUCCUCCCAAUGGACUUCAAAGGCGUCAAGGACCGCGCAAUGGGCUGCCUCUGGGACCUCUCCGAUCCCACCCGGGAGCGCCUUUGGCUCUACGGCACCUCCUGGCUGUGGAUGUUCGACCUCAAGCACGAUUUCCCAAGCACAGAGGAACUCGACGCCGCCGCAACCGCCGAAAACAAAGCCGCAGAAGCAGAAAACUCGCAGGCCCUAACAAAGAAACAGAAACAGUCUGCUUCGCAGAAGCGGAAACGCGACGAGGCUGCUGAAGAUGCUGCGGGAACGGGGAAGAAGAAUAAAAAGCACAAUACGGGCGCAGGUGAUAAAAUCCCCCUCACCGAGACAAAUGUUUUCUUCGACACCAAGGCCCGCGCCUUCGUUGGGCCUGACGCAUCGCAGGGUGAAUGGGUGUCGCUUGAGAAAGAGCGUGAGCGCGCAACCGACGACGAGGAAGAGGAAGAGGAGGAAGACAACGAUGCCCGGCUCGCGCGGCUGCGGAGGGAGAAUAAUAACGCCACCAAUGGCACUACUUCUACAAAGACAAACGGUACAGACAAUCAGGUCGCCAAAUCCUCCGCACCGUCCCGCAAGUGGUGGUAUACGUACAAGUAUCGUGGGAUUCUAGGAAUCGUCCCGCUGAGCGCUACCGAUGCCGAAACUGAGUCGGAUGAGGACCGUGACGGCAAUGCUAAUACUGGCUUAGAGGUCGCUGUCAUCGAACGGCCGAUGUGGGAUGUUGACCUUCCGGAUCGCUAUGUGCGUGAGUACGAGUAAAGCGAGGGCGAGGAUUUCUUCCUUCUUGGCUACCUCCUUUUUUUUUUUUUUUGCAUAUACACCUCUAUUUCUCUCGAUAUCCGCACAGCUGUCCAUGCUACGCUAGCUCCUAAUGUAUGCCAUUCGACGCUGUACAAACAAACAACCCAAGAAAGAAAGGAA